AUGCCAGCGGCUAUAGGUAUACUGCGAGAUGCCAUUGCCGACGACGACAAGGCGGCGCAGAUGGCAGAAGAGGCGAAGAAGCAAGUCGACGAGGCGCACGCGGAGGUAGAGAAGGUGAAGAAAGCCGAGAAGCGCUACGAAGCGCAGGCCAAGGAGGCCGCUGCUGUGGAGAAGGUUGCCCAGGAUGCGAAAGCGCACGCCGAUGCCCUGUCGAGACAGCGGGCCGCGGAGCUUGCUGUACUUCAGGAGGAGGCCCGGGCGCGGGCCAAAGGUAAGGCCAAGCUGCUGCUGGAGCUGAGCAAAGUGGAAAGCGCCAGGCGCGCCGUCGCCGCCGCCCUCGCGGAGGCGCACAACGCAACGCGCGUGGCUGCGCAGGAGGUGACGGAUGCCGGGGAGAAGAAGAAGCAGGUCGCCCAGGAGAUGCAUGACGUCGCCGAGCACUUGAUCUGCACUUCGGCCGCCGUGGCGGCAGCUGCAAAUGCAGAUGCAAGGCUGCAGAACGCGGAAGAGGAGCUCAUGAAGCUCCAAGGCAUUAAGGUGGGCUGCCUGCAGGGCACGGUGCAUGGAAGCAUUACCGUGUUUGUGCGCUACAGCGAGCCUUGCGGGAUGGUGCAGCUCGCCCAGUUGUGCCGAGUUGAGAGAUGGGUUCUGCACCCAGCCGGCCUGCGAAGUGUGGUGGCCUAUGCGUGGAGCCUCGUUGUCGGGGAGCUUCUCCCUGCAGCCAUGACUGAUUGCACGAGACACGUCUGCCUGCACUGGGAUGGUUUGAGUAAUAGUGCCCUUCGUUUGCUGCCCGACACGUGCCUGGCCCGCUGGAUGAAACGGGUAGUGAUAGAAGUUUCAGAGAUGGCCUGCGAUCUCGCUCCUGGAGUGAUUUGGGCGGCCUGA